UACUCUUUACCCCUGACUAGUCUGAUUUAUGUUUAUUUUCAAAAUAUUUUCCACGAAAGGAAUUGUGUCCACUUAAUUUUGCAUUCUAGAUCUAAACUUCAAAGGGAUAUGUUCAUCUUUCAACACACCAUCAGGAUCAAGUUUACAAAAUGCAUUCUAGUUUUUCACAUCACAGGAUGUGUGAUUUAAGGCCAGUAAAAAGCUUAUGUACAUGCCCAGUGGUAAUGAAACAAACCAACGCUAAUAAAGGCUUGGGUAUUGUUUUUUUUCUUUUACUAACCAAUGUUAAGCAAGAGACUCUUUCUGAACGGAGGACAAAAAUUAAAUUUACAGUUACUCCUCUCUUAGUGUUUUAUAGAUGAGACCAGCCAAUUACAGAACAAGCCUGCAAAGUGCUGAUGCCGGUGCUACUAACUGAAAACAUGUCUCACUGCCUCAACUCAUUUCAAUUAUUGCCGCCUGGCUCCACAGGAGUCCUGUGAAGUCUCUGCAUGGCCAACCUUAUGGCAGAACAGCUCACAGCUAAUGAAAACCAAGGGCCUCAUUUCAAAGGACAUUGACACUCCUCUCCCCCCAACCAAAGCCUCACCUGGUCAGUGUAUCCCAUACAGAAUAAGUGGUUUUAAGGCUGCUAAAAGGGGACUGGGAGUCCAGUAAAUCCAAGCCAUAUGGAAGGUUAAUGUGUGUCGUGGGAAUGUGCAUGAACGCUUCAAAUACAUGCAUACAAGCAUCCAUAAAUACACACACACAUGCAUACAUGCAUGCACACGUGUAUAUAAAUACUUAAACACACACACACAUUUACCAAUCUGUGUAAAAACCAUCUGGUAUAAGUAGACGGAAACAAAGUUCCUCUUUUUGAUAAAUGCACAUUAUGUUUGACAACCAUUGAGUUGAGCUUUAGUUCAGCACAACCACACACGGUAAAUGUGUGUCUGUGUUUUGAAACCCAUCUUUGUGUCUGCUUAGUAUAUUGACAUCUCAUUAUCCCUUUCUCUUCUGACAGUAUGGCUUUGUGUAAUAGAGAGCCAGCCAGGCAGAUUAAACCUCAGUUGUUUGUAGUGGUGACAUAAUUACUGACCACAGCCCUGUUCCCUGGGACUGUGAUUAACUAAAUUCCACCGGCAUCUGAUGCAAUCAUGCACAUAUUGUCCAAAAACAUCUAUUACUUCUUACUGUUGUAACUUCCCAAAUAUGUUUUCCCCAGGCUAACUGUUUGCAUAAAGUGCAUUCCAGUACACUCCAUUAUUAAUGCUGGCUGAAGAGCACAGGAAAUUCUUCCUACAAGUUCCUUGCCCUUCUCACUUUUUCCUAGCUUCACUUCAUGGAAGGAAGGACCUCGGCUUGCUCGUCUCUGAUCCGCACAGACGUGAAGGGCAGCUUCGCUACAACGGCUUCACUCGCACCAUCUGCAGGAUCACUGCGAUGACCUCCCCCAGGCUCCUGGCGCUGCUCCUGCUCAACCUCGUCUGUGGCCUGCAGGUGAGCCUCUCGGACCUCCUGGAGGACAACAAGAUCCCCCCCAGCCUGUGCACGGGACACCCUGGUAUCCCGGGCUCCUCAGGGGUCCACGGGACCCCGGGCCACCCGGGGAGAGACGGUCGGGAUGGGAGGGACGCCGCCCCGGCGGAGAAGGGAGAGAAGGGAGACAGGGGACAGCAAGGGGAGCUGGGAAUGAGGGGUAUCACCGGAGACAACGGAGACCUCGGGGAAAAGGGGGAGCGGGGGAAGGAAGGAGAGUGCGCCGUCGCUCCCAAAUCCGCCUUCACCGCCAAACUCUCCGAGACGGUGGCCACGCCGCUCACGGUGGGCGACGCGGUGCGCUUCGACAAGGUCACGCUCAACGAGCAGGGCGACUUCAACCGAGAGACGGGCCGCUUCACCUGUAAGAUCCCCGGGGUCUACUACUUUGCGGUCCACGCCACGGUGUACCGCGCCAGCCUGCAGUUUGACCUGAUAAAAAAUGGCCACACCAUGGCGUCCUACUUUCAGUUUUAUGGCAACUGGCCCAAACCGGCCUCACUGUCGGGCGGCACGAUGCUCCACCUAAUUCCUGGCGACCAGGUUUGGGUCCAGAUGGCGUUGGGGGAAUACAGCGGCUUCUACUCCAGCAGCAAGACCGACAGCACGUUCACAGGCUUCCUGGUCUACUCUGACUGGAAGAACUCGGCUGUAUUCGCAUAAAAUUCCAUUCCAUUCUAUUUCCACACACCUUGUUUCUCCUAGAACAGUCCCAACACAACCAACCCUUUUUUUAUUUUAUUUGUUGGUUUGAAUGAUCAGAGCUGGUAUUUGGUAAUAAUAAUAAAAAGGUCAAUGCUGCUUGAAGGACUCGGGACAGAUAAGGUCUGAUCAGGUGCUCUGAUUGAGAAGUGAUGUUCCCUGCAUCAUUUGAAAGGCACUACUGAUUGUUGAACUGAUUGAGUUUGGCAGUGGCAUUCAGCCAAGGACUCGUCAUUUAUGAUAUAACAAAGUUAUACUUUUAAUAAAGUAGAAACUUAAUAUGCAAUAGUUGUUUAGUAGCGUUUUGGCCAAUGUUCUUCGUAAAAUAACCUUGUGUUCGGCCGAACUUGAAUGUGGUUUUUCAAAUGUCCUUACUGUGCGUUCACAGCUGUAAAGCGUUCUGAGCGAUAAACGCCCAUUCACUUUCUACUGUGCGUUCACACCAAAAGCUGUAAAGCGUUUUGAGCCAUAAAAACGCCCAUUUACUUUCUAUUAGACAUGAGCGAUUAAAGCGAUAGGAGCGAUAAAACGCUUGAGCGAUAGCUUUAAAGCUGUAAAUGAGAGUUGAAAACGUACAGUUAGACUCACAAUGUUUUACUGGGAGGCGAGACCACUUGUAGGCUUUGGCACAUGCAUUUAAAGCAAACUGCAUUUAAAUCAACACGCAUUUAAACUUUAAAUGCAUGUACCUAUACAUUUUAAAAGGUACAUGCAUUUAAAGGUACAUGCCUUUAAAGGAACAUACCGACUUUUUGGAGGAAUAAGGUUAUUUACCAUUUCCCUCAAGUGUGAAGAUUCAGGGACGAAAGGUAAACCACCUCAAAACGUAGCUCUUAAGGUACGAACACACCAAACGCGUACCCCGCGUAUGGACGCGUAUAAAAUCGGCAAUUUUUCCAUAGGGAACCAUUGGUUUACGCGCGUAUGAGCUGCGUACAUGCGUUACAUGCGCUAAAGUAUGGCAAGCCAUCCCCGCCAGAAAACGGAAUCAUUUAGACGCGUAUCACCGUAAAAAUGCUGUUUCUGUUCGUCUUUUUAUCUGUCUGUCUGAUAUGUUUCUAUCGGAUGCUUCUCACAGCUCGUGCAUCAGACUCAACAGCUCACCAAGAUGGUUUUCUCUCUAUUCCUUUUUCAUUUCGGUGAUGACAUUAAUGCAAGAGGAAUGGUGACUCAGUGCUCGGUUACUCUUCAAGUUACAAAAUGAGGCAUAGACUGACAUCUGGCUGCUAAAUAUCUCACACAUAUGGAAUUGUUUUUUUCCUACCAUAUUAUUCCCUCAAACUAAAAGCUAUAAAUAAACAAUUGUUUACCUAGGACAUAAGAGCAGAUGGAAAGAAGUAAAUCGACUAUGCCUGGGCAUCGUUCGGCUUUUCCAUUAGUUCAGGAACUGUGAGUGUAGUGGGAGAACGGACCGAGCCGACAGUGAAAUCACUCUAGACAUAACAGCUCGUUGGCGUCUGUCUGGGUAAGGGAGGCCAAAUAUCUUGUUCAUUAACAUUAAAUCAUCCUCAUUCGUUUUGGUUAAAUCAAGGCAAGUGACCUUUCUUCAGAGACAUUUCGACUUUAUAGUCAGGACUGGAGGUCAGCAAAACCACAACGUGGGAUUGGAAGCUCUGUGUUUACGUACAGCUCCACUAGAGGGCGCCAAAGUACCACUGGUUGACAGCCUCUUCAUCGACUCUCCCGGGUAAGAGGGCCUCGAGUGUUAUAGGCAGGGGCGAUCCCAGGUUCUGACUUUUGGGGGGGCUGAACACCAGGAAGCCACAGGGGUCUAUGAAGUAAAGAAAGUCCUGUUCAAAUUUUUUAUUCCACAACCUUUAUAUCUAUCUUAAUUACUAUGCUGUUGUAUGUCUAAGCCAAUAGCUGGCAAUGUCAGCUAAAAAAUGCAGUUCUGAACCACUAAAGUGAUGAAAGGAAAAAAGACUGUUUGGAUGAAGGAAUAAUCCAUGGCUGUGUACUGUACAAACAAAUUUGAGGUAUAUUACAUUUCCUUUGUGUAAGUUUCACUCAAAAAUGACCAUAUUUUCCCUUUUUUUUAUUUACACAUUGAAACACAUUGGUACAACAUGCACUAGAUCAAUAAUAUGAGAAACAUACCACUAUUUCGGGAGCACUAAAUUAUGUCACCUUAGUUUCAUGGACCAAUACAAUUUUAUAAAUUGUAUCAACAUACAUUUUUAUUGAUGUAUGUUUAUGCAAAAAAAUCAACAAGUACAACAUGUACUAGCCUAAUACUAUGAUUAACAGACCACUAUUUCGGGAGCACUAAACUAUCUUGUCCCCCUUUCAGGGACCAAUACAUUUUUAUAAAUCUUCUGAUGCAAAAAAAUCUUGUUCUGAUGCAAAAAAAAAAGGGUGCUAAUUUUCAGUAAAAAACAAAAAGCUGGCAUUAUUUUAUCAGCUGAGGGCAUUUUCAUUGCCAUAACAAUGUGAGCUAAUCAACAAGUAGGCCUACAACAUGUUCUAGAACAGUGAUUCUCAAUAACUUACUGUCAUUCCCUCCCUAGGUGCCCUCCCUGAAUUGAAAUAGCCUGCUAUUGAGAACCUGCUAAUAUUUAUUUAUUUAGAUUAAUAAAAUUAGCGGAGAUAACAUCUGCAACAACUUAAAACUAUUUCCAACUUCAGUUUAUUAAUUCAAUUUGUAACAUUUAAACAAGACUGCUAAGUCUGUGUGAAUCUCAAAACAGAGAAACAAGAGCAUAUGAUUCACUGGGGUUUGCAUUUAAUUUAAAAUAUUUUUAAACAGUAAACAUUGGUCACUUGUCAGCUUCAUCAGCUUAUUCCCUUUCAAAAAAAUAAUAUAUGUUCAUCUUUCAAGCCUGAAUAAAGACACCAAGUCCCUCUGUCAUGACUUUGUAAGAUCAAAAUUGUUGUAAAACUUCUGACCCUUGGUAUUAUGUUUAUUUAAAAUAAAAUAAGUAACUUAUUAAAAUAAAUAAAUAGAUAAGACACUAAGUCCCGUCUGCUGCUCGCG